AUGGUCCCAAGUGAAGUCCAUCAGCAUACGGGGAUUAUUAAAUUGCUUCUCCAUUUUGGAUGGACAUGGGUGGGACUGUUUGCAGUUGCCGAUGACAGCGGAGAGCAUUUCUUGCAAGCCCUUGAGUUGUUAUUUUCCCAAAAUGGAAUCUGUUCAGCCUUCACACAAAGAAUGCCGAAACAAGCCUUUUGGUUUACCAGUGAUGAACUGAGCAUUUUGGCUUCAAAUGUUUAUCUUCAUCUCUUGGAGGGUGAUGCCAAAACAUUUGUGGUCUAUGGAGAAACCAUGACAAUUAUAUGGCUGAUGGCUGCUAUGAAUCUAGUAGACUGUGACUAUAAUGAAGCCCGUUGUUUUGGAAAGGUGUGGAUUAUGACAGCUCAAAUUGAUCUCGCUUUAACAAGCCUCCAGAGAAGUUCAAAUGUUCAGGUUUUUGAAGGAGCCAUUUCCUUCUCAAUUCACUCCCAGGAGCUUCUAGGAUUUUGGAAAUUUCUUCAUCUUAUCAAACCUGGUUGGACUCAAGUGGAUGGUUUUCUCAAGGACUUCUGGGUGCAAGCAUUCGACUGUACAUUUCCAGAUUCCCAGGAGGUGACAGAGAUCCACAAAAUAUGUACUGGGGAGGAGAGGCUGGAGUGUCUUCCUGGGCAUAUUUUUGAUAUGCGCAUGUCUGGCCACAGUUAUAGCAUCUAUAAUGCUGUCUAUGCUGUGGCACAUGCUUUGCAUGCCAUGUACUCAUUUAGAUCCAGCCACAGAGCAAUGGUGGGUGGCAAAAGAGAUGCAUAUCAAGAAGACAUCCAACCUUGGGAGGUUCACCUGUUUCUUCAAGGCAUUUUGUUUAACAACUCAGCUGGAGAAAGAGUGUAUUUUAACGAAAACAGAGAACUGGGUGCAGGGUUUGAUAUAAUGAAUCUGGUUAUGUACCCAAAUAAGUCCUUUGUUGGAGUGAAAGUUGGAAAGGUGGAUCCCAAUGCUCCUGAGGGACAUGAGUUCAUCAUUCAUGAGGAUAUGAAUGUGUGGAACAGACAUCUUAACCAGGUGCUGCCUGUUUCUGUGUGUAGUGACUCCUGCCCGCCUGGUUACCAGAAGAAAAAGAAGGAAGGGAAGAAAUUUUGCUGCUAUGAUUGUUCUCCUUGUCCAGAAGGGAUGAUUUCAAGUCAAAGAGGUAUGGAUGAUUGUAUCAAAUGUCAAGAAGAUGAGUAUCCUAGCGAUGAUCAAAAUCAAUGUGUCACCAAGACAAUCAGCUUUCUGUCUUAUGAAGAACCCUUAAGGAUCAGUUUGACUUCAAUUGCCGUUUCUUGUUCCUUGAUCACAGUCUUAGUGCUAGCUACUUUUAUUAAGCACAAAGAUACCCCCAUAGUCAAAGCCAACAACCGGGAUAUCACCUACGUGCUCCUCAUCGCUCUUCUCCUCUGCUUUCUCUCUUCUUUACUAUUUCUGGGACAACCAAAAAAGAUCACCUGCUUACUCCGGCAAGCUGCUUUCGGCAUCAUCUUCACAGUGGCUGUUUCUUGUGUGUUGGCCAAAACCAUCACUGUGGUUGUAGCUUUCAUGGCCACCAAACCAGGAUCCAGCAUGAGGAAGUGGGUGGGGAAAAGAAUGACCAACUCCAUUGUCCUUUCCUGUUCCCAUAUGCAAGCCGCCAUCUGUACGACGUGGCUAGGAACCUCUCCCCCAUUCCCAGAUACAGACACAUGGUCAUUGACUAAAGAAAUCGUAGCAGAAUGUAAUGAAGGGUCCUUUGUCAUGUUUUGCAUUGUCCUAGGCUAUAUGGGACUUUUGUCUGUCAUCAGCUUGACUGUGGCUUUCAUAGCCAGGAAGCUACCAGACAGUUUCAACGAAGCCAAGUUCAUCACCUUCAGCAUGCUGAUCUUUUGCAGUGUUUGGGUGUCUUUUGUUCCAACCUAUCUGAGCACCAAAGGAAAAUACAUGGUCGCUGUGGAGAUCUUCUCUAUCUUGGCCUCCAGUGCUGGUUUAUUAGCUUGCAUCUUUCCCCCCAAAUGCUACAUUAUUCUUCUGAAGCCCGGGUUGAACAAGAGAGAGCAGCUAAUAAAGAGAAAGAAUUAA